AACUGCUUAAUGAUUAGCAAAUCAAAACAAAUGCAUACACUGCAAUUCUCUGCAGUAAAGGGAGGCAAUGAGUCAAGCUGUCAGUCAGUGAAUGCCGCCCACAAUUACUUCACUCUGCCAUAGCAUUCUGAGAGAGCUAAAUCUCAAUGUGAUCUCCAGAGACACAAGGCUGCAGCAUGCUGCUUUGAUGAGAUAUUUUCAGAAGCUUAUUGAUUUUUUGGUUUAUAGGCGCAACAGCAACCUACUGAAAUCCACUAAUUCUAUACUUUAAUACAGUAAUAGUCGAAGCAGAUCUUGCUCGAAGCAUCAGGUCCAAAACAGUCCUUGUGAAACUCUUCACAAUAUAUUCUGCUAGCAAAGGAUCAAUUCUAAAUGGCCUGCAUACAGAUUUUGUUUUGGUUUUCAGCCAAGGACUGAUCAUCUAUAAAUAAUCCCCUUUCCAUUUUAUGAGUCGCCAUGCAAUCAGAAAUGAAUCUGACGGUUCACGAUGUGACACAUUAUAUUGAUGACAAUGCAGAUUGGACUCUUGACUACCCAACAAGUUUUCAGGCAACUCUUACGGGAUUUUUGAUACUGGAAAUUGUGUUGGGACUCAGCAGCAACUUGACAGUACUGGGACUUUACUGCAUGAAGUCAAACCUGAUUAAUUCAGUCAGUAACAUUAUCACCGUGAACUUGCAUAUACUAGAUGCUGUUAUAUGUGUUGGAUGCAUUCCCCUUACAGUGAUUGUCACUCUCCUUUCACUGGAGAAAGAAGCUUUGAUUUGCAAUUUUCAUGAAGCCUGCAUUUCUUUUACUGGUGUAGCAACAGCAGCAAAUGUCCUUGCAAUCACUUUGGAUCGUUAUGACAUUUCAGUUAAGCCAGCCAAUCGGAUUUUGACGAUGGGAAGAGCAAUAAUGUUACUAACAUCGGUGUGGAUUGCAUCCUUUUCUGCAUUUACAAUUCCUUUCAUUGAAGUCAAUUUCUUUAGUCUACAAGGCAAUCAAAGCAUCUGGAGGAAUAAAACAAUCUUAUGCUAUGGUGUAGAUGAAUAUCAGAAUGAACUGGGAAUAUAUUACCAUCUCUUAAUUCAGAUUCCUAUUUUUUCCUUCACGGUUAUUGUAAUGUUGAUAACCUACAGCAAAAUACUUCAAGCCUUGAACAUCAAAAUAGGUUCACGAUUUUCGACCAGACAGAACAAAAGAAAAAGAAAAAAGACCAUUCCGCUAACUAUACAACAACAAAAUACUGAUCAAUCAGAAAAUAGCAGAAGACCAAACAUAAAACUUGGAGUAAGAACUUCAGUCUCUGUAAUAAUUGCUCUAAGAAGAAUUGUUAAGCAGCAUCGAGAAAGGCGGGAACGACAAAAAAGGGUUUUUCGAAUGUCACUUUUAAUUAUUUCAUCAUUUCUCAUUUGUUGGACACCAUUAUCAAUUUUAAAUACUAUUAUAAUAUACAAAGGUUUAAGUGAGGGCAUGGUAAAAUUAAGACUAUGCUUUGUAAUCUUGGCAUACGGAACAACUAUAUUCCAUCCUUUACUCUAUGCAUUUGCAAGACAGAAAUUCCAAAAGGUCCUCAGGAGUAAAAUGAAAAAGAGAGUGGUCUCAGUUGUUGAGGCUGAUCUGUCCCCCAACAAUGCAGUAAUUCACAACCCCUAUUUAAAUCCCAAAAAGAACAAAAAAUAAAUUUUCAAUAAAAAUGAAUUUGAUCAAAAUUGCUUGCUUCAGAUAUUUAAAAUAUAAAUAUCAACCAACUGGUUUUUAGCAGAUUACGAAAAAGUAAACUGCUUUAGUUAGAAAAAAUCUGCAAAGUGACAUAACAGCCUACCAUGACCCACUGAUAAAGUGCCACGGUUUUCUGAAAAUCAACAGUACUUCUGAAUUGUAAAUAUUACCCAAUUAUAAAUGCCCAUCAUGUAUCUGUCAUAAUGUUGUAAAGCUAACUGAUUAUUUCAGUUAACUUAUUUUUCCCGACUAUCUAAAAUAGUGCAUGCCAUUAUGAAUUAUACCAUUUAGACGUCAUCGUGAUUCAAUUUCAAUUAUACCUUGAAAAAAAAUAGCAUAGGCUUGUGAAUAAUAUAGCCUAGUAAGUAGAUUGAUUCAAAGCAAGUAAACAUAAAAAAGCAAAGAAUAAUUUGAAAAAGAAUGCCCCAGGCAGCACAACAGUGCAGCUGGUGGAACUGUAACCUCAAAAUGUCAGAAACCUGGGAUCAAUCCAGAUGUCAGGUGCUAUGUGUGUGCAUGUUCUCCAUGUGAUCUCAGAUUUCUUCCCAAAUUCCAAAGGCAUGCAGGUUGGUACGUCAACCGGCCCUUAUAAGUUGCAAGAUUGAGAGUGGUAGAAUCUGUGGGGAUCUAUCGAGAAUGUGGGCUAAAUAAAAUGGAAUUAAUGAUUUGCGCAGACUCAAGAGGUGCAGC